UUUGUCUUUAUAGCCUCCAACCUCGUGGAGGACAAGCUUGCCUGAAACAACAAGCAAGCCUCCUAACUUAACCAUAGAUAAAAAAAACUUAGCUAGAGUCAGAAGUGCUCCACAGAGAAAGGACUAAGAACGAUCCCGCCAUGAUCCUGACAGCUAGCCACUUGCUGAGGGAGUUGCGAUGGGUCCCACCAGCAGUCAUCAUCAUAGGCUCCAUGACUCCAUUCCUCAACCAAUGGGUCAUCAUACGAGUCCUCACACUGCCACUACCUUCCCGGGUCUACCAGAGACUCGAGGAGAGGCUUUACUCCAACUACCAAGCAGUGGUCGGCUUCUUCUACGAAAUUUGGUCUGGAGUGGAGUUCUGUUUCUAUGGUGACCAUAUCCCUGACAACCCGGAGAAUACCCUCUACCUCUCUAACCAUCAGUGUUCAGUUGACUGGGUGUUGCCUGAGGUGCUGUGUGUGAAGCAGGGAGGCUACGGAGGGAGGGCAAAGUACAUUCUUAAGGAUGCUCUUAGAUUCCUACCUCUCUAUGGCUGGUAUCUCGGAAUGCGUGGAGGCAUCUUUGUGAAGAGGAAUAAAACCCGAGACCAAGAGAGUAUGAUCAGAGGUCUAAAGAAUUUUGUAGAGAAAGACAUGCCAGUAUGGCUGGUCAUCUUCCCUGAGGGGACCCGCUAUGAUAUGAGAGAGAGCGGUUCUCUAAAGAGAGCCAAGAGUCAGGAAUAUGCCACAGCCGCUGGUCUGCCUCCACUGCAGCACAUCCUCAUGCCCAGGACCACUGGUUUUAACCUCGCCCUUGAACAGGUCAGAGGUCAUUUCCAAGCCGUGUACGACCUUACUAUCUACUAUGAGGGUUACGGCUGCGCAACUGCCGAGGGAGGGAGAACCAGGGGACCACCCCCUGAUCUAUUUGGUUUCUACUCUGGUCAGUGCUCCAAGGUCCAUGUUCAUGUGAGGAGGGUGCCUAUAGAAGACAUACCAACGACUCCCGAGGAGCAGAAAGCUUGGAUGUAUGACGCUUUCUUGAAGAAGGAUAAAUUGAUCUCCUCCUUGCUGGAGACUGGUUCGUUCCCAGCCCCACGCUUCACACACACCCUCCCUCUCUCCCAAUGUCUCCUCCCCCUCGUAUUGUUAGCGCUAUCAGUAGGCGUGGCACUCAGCCAUCGCUAUGGACGACGGUGGAUGUUAGCUACUGUAAUGAUAUUCACAGCUAUUACCUUGAUCUCAGGAUUCAAGUCGAGAUUACGUACAUAGCAUCAGACGAACAACUCCUAACUUCUAAUAAUUAUACAAAUUAAUUUUGUUUUGUUUGUGCUGUUUUGGAUAGUUGUCGUACAAAUGUUUGUAUAUCGAUCUGUAAAACAAUUGUUAGUACGUCUCUCAAACAUGUUCAAUUUUGUUCACAUUCA